AAUUAUUUUGUAGGAAAACUCAUCUUUAUACGAAGGAAGCGAAAUUUCACAAAAAGAGACUGAAUUACUGAUCAUCGCUUAUUGUUUAAGGAAUAAUAUAUCUGAUUUAGGCUUGGAAAAUCAAUUACUUUUGAUAAACGCUGUUCUUUCUCAUGCUGUAUUCAAAUCUAAAUAUAAAUUUUUAGAAUCAUUUUCGUAUACAAACAUUAUAGAAUAUUAUUUCUGUUCUUUAUGUUCUAUAAUUUAAAAUUUUGAAAAUAAUACUUCGAUUUGUGAAUAUUGCCAAACUGUUUAUCAAAAGUCAAAAUUAAAAAAGACUGGACAUUACUUUAUUUAUAUUCCACUAAAGGAGCAGCUUAUGAAUUUUGUUAAUAGUAAAGCUUAUUUGUAUUUCGGCAAAAUUACCGAUAAUGAUAGUGACAUAGUUAAUAGCAGUGUUUAUAAACAGUUAAAGGAACAAAAUGUUAUGGAUAUUAAUGAUAUAACACUGAUGUGGAUUACUGAUGGCGUAAGUUUAUUUAAAUCGUCCAAAUUAAGCAUAUGGCCAUUACAAGUUUGUAUAAAUGAAUUGCCUUACAGAAUUCGAAGAAAUAAUAUUAUGUUACAUAUGUGGCUUAUUUUAUGCCUGAGUGGAAACAAUGAGUGUUUUAUCUAGCCCCUGUUUGGUAAAUGUAACGCUUAAAAGUUUUAGCUACUCGACAAAUUAAUUGUCUCAUAGCGAGCUUAAGAAAACUAUCUAGCUAUAAGAUAAUAUUGUUUAGGCAGUAACUAGGCAACUUAGGCUAUAAAUUGCUUUUACGAGAUCAUACCCGAGUAGAAAUUGGAACUCAUAUUUGUCUAGUCAUGACCUAGAAAAAUUGUGUCUUAUCUAGUAUAUGUCUAUUUUUUUUAGUUAGGUGUUAGCCAAAAAUGUAACGCUUAUUUUUCAUAGCAGUAAUACAAAAUUAAUUGGCUAUCGUUAGGCGCAACAACUAACUAGUUAGUAUCUAGCCUGGGCUAGACAGCGGCUGUAUAUAAUCGCUAGACAGAUUUUUUAAAAACAAUUUCUUCUUUUUGUUCUUCCGAAGAGGUAAAUGCCAAUACUUUCUAUUCCUGAAAAUGUUAAUCAUCACAAUUUCAUUUAAAAUGUACUUGAAAAAAUCACUUACGGGAUGGGACUCGAACCUGGAACCCUUGGUGUUUGAGUUACUCAUCUUACAUACUGCGCCACUGCUUCAUUGACUGAUAUAUUGGUUCGUAUUGUCUACAUAUGUUAUACCCAAUACAGUUAUAUAAUUUUCUAUUAUUAUUUAAUUUUACAAAAAAUAAACAAUCUUUUGUUAAAAUUAUAAAUUAUAAAUUAUAAAUUAUAUUUUUCCAUAUUUUUAUUGUCAAGUUUUUAAUUUUAUUUCUUUAUUUUAUAAAAAAUAUAUCUAGUGACUGCCUAAUAGUUGACUUACAAGAGGACUUUGAGAAUUUGAAGAUUCUGAUUUUUAUCAGUAUUUUAUCAGUAUGAAACUGCACACAUAUAGAAGGACAGGGUAAAUAAAUGUGUUCAUAAAUUAUUAGUUGGUGCUAAUAAACUUUGGCAUAAAACAUUUCUUUAUAUCUUGAACAGUUUUUGACAUAUAUCGAGAAAAAUUAAAAGUCAAUCUACCGAUAAAAAGUGGUUUUACUUCUUAAAAUCCAUUUUGACACCAACUGAUAAUUACUAAAUUUAUUUAUUUACCCUCUUCUUUUAUAUGUGUGCAAAGUUUUAUUAAAAUUAGACUCUUCGAAUUCGAAAAGUUUCCUUGUAAGUUACAUGUCAAUAAUUAGGCAGUUACUAGAUAGAUAUUUUUAUAAGAUAACCUAACCUCAAUCUGCACUUUUAGAAUUGCUAGUGGCUAGAUUAUAUAUUUUAGAAAAGACAGCGCCAUCUGUUACUAUUUUUAUUGUAGUGACUAGACAGCAGUUGCAUCACAGUUGGUUAUAACCUUAUAUUAUAGUGUAUCUGCAGUUUAUAAUACUGUCUCUCCUGUUUCGAUAAAAUUUGAAACAAUAAAAAAUAGUAUUUGUGUAUUUAGUUUUUUUUGGAGGGGGGGGGGCUCGGAUGUUCGGGAGAUUUCUCGGGUCACGCGCGGAGCACCGCUUCAUGUCAGUUGUGUGCGUGCGCAUACGUGUUGCGUUCAGUAGACCGCAUGCCAGAGAAGAAUUGUCGAUCACACGUUACCACAAGUCUUCAUUGUUACACAUACAACUCGCACGCAGCGGUGCUUCGCGAGAAAUCGCUCGAACAUCCGAGUUAUUACUUUUUGUCACAUUUACGGUAUGUAGAAGACAAAAUCCAUUUUAUUCGAGCAAAUCUUAAUAUUUUUUAUUUGAGAGGUUAUAGUUACUACUGUUACUAAAACUUUACUUCGUACAAUUUUUUCUUUCAGAUGUCAACAUUGAACAAAAAGAACAUAUUUAAUAUUGUUCAUUUUUAUAAAUCAAAAUAUGAAGAUAAAAAGUCUAUGGAUUGUGUUCCAUCGACUUGGAUAUCUUUUGAGCCAGAAAAGCAAGAAUUGGUCGCUAAGUUCAUGCCUCCUCCGUACACAAAGAAAAAUUGUAAUGUACUACAUGAACUGGUUAAAAAUAAUAAAAUUCCAUUAGAAAAAUGGCCCCAGUACCCUAUAAAAAUACUUGAAAGUGCUGGUAAAGUAAUUUAAAUAUAAAAAUUAACAAAUAAUUAUGUGUCGAUCAAUAUUCCAUAUGAAAUAAUUAUGAUAUACAUUGUAAUAAUAUUAUAUAUUUUAGAAACUUAUUCAGAGGCUUUAUUAAAAAUGGAGAAACUAAUUAAAGAAGACUUUAAUUACACAACAGAUUAUUACACGACAGAUAUAGAAGAUGAUGAAGAUAAUAAUAAUAUAAAAAAAAAAGUUUCAAAAGGAGAGAGUCUACUUACAUCACCAGUAUAUGGAUUAAAUGAUAAAUUAUCAAAAUACACAGUUUUCAUCUGAUAGUGACUCAAAUACUGACGAUAUGUCUGAGCCAUUUAAUAACAAAUUAAUAAAAAAGGAAAAGUCGCAAAAAAAUAAUAAAAAAAGCAGUAAUGACAUUUCUAUAGCAACAAAUGAACCAAGUUCUUCAAUUUCCAACAAACCUACAAUUGUUGAAGAUGUAAUUUUGAAAAAUCCGGUCUUUCCUAAUGUUGUUAUGAAUUAUUUAAAACAUAUUGUAACUGACUUGCAAGACAUGAAAAAUAAUCAAAAAAUUAUGAGAAACGAUUUACAUACGUUGAAAAUAGAUUUUCAACAACAUAUAAUUAAAAGCAUUGGUGAAAAUGUCCCAGUUCAUUGGACGCAGGAAAAUCAAAUCAAAUGGCCUCUAAAAACUAAAGAAGAAUAUGAUAAGCUUAAUUUAUUAUUAACAGAAGAGGAAAUUCGUAAAGACUUUAUGGCCAGAAUUGCAUUCGUAAUUGACGGAGGGACUGUAGUGUCAAAAAAUUUACUUGCGGUUAUCAGAAAAUUUUUUCAUAAAGACUUGGCGACCAAAUUCACUUGUGUAAAACAAACCAAAGAUAAAUUUACACUUAAAUCGUCAGCACUGUAUGAUUGUAUCAUUGAAGUGUUUAUGAUGAAAAGCAAAAAAGGUGCAAUCCCAGAAACACUUACAGAGAAAUUGUUAGAUAAACUAAUUGGUGCAAUACUAACUAACUCCAAAGAUUGGGAGAAGGCGAGAAAACACAAAAAAAUUGCUGCGAAAGUAGAAGAUAAGGAAAAUAUAAGUGAUAAUAACAAUUCAUCAUAGUUGCAGAUACAGGAGAAAGCAGAUUUAUAAAAGAUUAAAAGUUUUGUGUUGAUAACAUUUUAUAAUAUGUUAUUAUAUAAUAUUAUAUAAUUUUUUAAAAAUAU